ACAUUGGAUAAAACGAAAAUAACAAGUAAUAAUUAAAUACAUACGUACAUACAUACAUAUACAAAUAUAAGGUGCUAUUAUAGAAAUCUAUAAAGUACCAUCACAACCAGUCAUAAAGGCUCUAAAUGAUUCCAGCACGUAAGCGUAUAUUUAUUAUAAUUUUUGUGGUUUUACUGUUAGUUUGUUUGUUGAGAAUAUUAUCCCAAAACUCACCAAUGCAAUUUUUGAAUGACCAACCAGAUUACUUGAAAACUGAAGGUGCGCCGGUUUUAUUGUCGGUGUUUUAUGAGGCAUUGUGUCCGGACUCAAAGUAUUUUCUUACCAAACAGAUGUUACCAACUUUUAUUGCAAUUUCAUCGAUUUUGGAGAUCCACCUCAUUCCCUACGGGAAAGCAACAACAAACAAAAAUAAGAAAGGUGAACUAACAUUUGAUUGUCAACACGGACCGACAGAAUGUCAAGCAAACAUAUACCACGCCUGUGUCGUGAAUAUUAUUGAAAACCCACUAGUUAAACUACAAAUUGUAACAUGUAUGAUUCAAGAUAAUCAUUUUCCACGAGAUGCUAUGCUUAAGUGCUCCAGGCAAUAUAACGUUGAAAACACUGACCUCAUUGAAAAAUGUGCCGGAAGUGAACACGGUCUGGAGCUGCUUAAAUUAAACGGAGAAGCCACUCUUGCAAUAAGACCAUCCGUAACUUUUAUUCCGACUGUGACAAUUGACGGUUCGCAGGGAAGACAAGCGUCUAUUUUAAAAAAUCUGCUUUCUGAAGUAUGUAAAGCAGCCGGUGAUACUGAAGAAAUUAGAAAUAUAUGUAAAACCCCAAACCUAUAGAAGUUCAAACUUAUUAUUUUAACUUAAUAAUAAAGAAAAUAAAUAGUAGAACAUUUUUCA